CACGUGUUUACAGUAAUGGCGACCGAAGCGGAGCGACCUGCUGCUGCUGAUGUUCUGAGAUGUUUAGCUCGUCACCUGAACUGUUUAAACGAAGACAACAAGAGCACCAGAAAGCGAGCUUUAGAGUCGAUCAGAAGGGAAACCCUCGCCAAUAAAGGGCUGUCGAGCUCCGAGCUGCAGGAGGUGUUUGCAGGUCUGCUGAAGCCUCUGCUGAAGUGCCUGUCAGACCCCGCGGAGAGAUGCAGAGAAACCGCUGUCCAGAUGAUUGGAGACUUUAUAAGAUGUGUUCCAAAACCAGAGGACUCCCUGCCUUAUUUAAUGCCCUGCUUGGCUCAGCGGCUGGGCGGGAAAGAGAUCUUAGAACCAGCAGAAGAACUGCGGCUCUCCAUGGUGGAGCUUCUGUCUCUCACUGUAGAGCUCUGCGGGAGGAACCUCGCUCCAUACCUGGACGACGUGGUGAAAAUCCUGCAGAAAACUAUAACCGACCCGUUCCCUGACGUUAAAAAGGAAAGCUGUAAAUGUGCGAUCAGUUUCGCUCGCUGUGUGCCAGAUCAUUUCCACAUGCAGGCGGAGAGUCUGGUGAAGCCCCUAAUGCAGACACUCUCUCACCAGCACUCCCGUGUGCGAGUGGCUGCCACAGAGGCAACCGGCGCUGUUAUUCAAUUCGGCACGGGGAAGAAUGUGGAUGACGUGCUGUCUCACCUGGCACAGAGACUCUUCGACGACUCUCCACAGGUAAGGAAAGCUGUGACGGUCGUGGUUGGUCACUGGCUCCUCCACCUGCGGGACAGAUACUCCUACUUCCACAAGCUCAUUCCACUGCUGCUCAGCAGCCUCAGCGAUGACAUCCCAGAGAUAAGGAACGUGGCUGUGGAGCUUUGGAGGCAAGUUGGUGCUCAGUGGGAGAAAGAAAAUGAAGAAGAUCUGAAGGACAAAAUGGAUUUCCUCCUGUCCCCACCGCCUCGGUACCCGCCUGGGGUGGAGCGUCCAGUGCUGGGCUGCAGGGAGCUGGUAGUGAGGAACCUGUCGAAGCUGAUGCCCGCCGUGGGCCGCGAUGCCGCUGACUGGCUGGCGCAGACACGGGUGAAAACGCUGCAGCUGCUGAGGGUUCUCCUGCUGCAUGCUGAAGAACACUGCACACAGCACCUGCAACCUCUGCUUACGACCCUGUACCGCGCCUGUGCUGACCCGGAGCCAGCCGCCAGAACACACUGUUUGGAAUCGGCCGAGCUGCUGGGUGUGUUUGUGAGUCCCGAGGUGUUCCUCCGUCUCCUGCUGGCUGAUGUAGAGAACUCUUCCUCCUCCUCCUCUCCUUCUCCUUGGGCUCCUCUGAUGCUCCUGACGGCCGUGCUGAAGGGCAGCUCCAGGGAGGCGCUGAAUCCACACCUGCUCCAGCUUGGACAAAAGCUCGCCCAGCCCGAUGUCUGCCAUGACUCUCAGCAGACGGUGUAUUUGGAGCAGCUCGUGCAGUGUGUGGAGGUUCUGCUGCGUGUGUGUGAGGAAGACUGUAGCAUCAUCAGUUUGCAGAUGCUGAAGGUUCUGGUGACUGUACAGAGUUUAGCCACCGAGCAGGAGCUGCGGAACCGGGCGGAGGAGUGUGUGAGGUGUAUGUGUGAGGUGUUGGGUUUCAGCAGUGUGUGUGAUUUAUACAGACUUCACAUGGCUGAUCUGCUGCAGUGGCUGUCCGAUUCUCAGCACUGCUGGACCGCUCACUCCGUCCACAGUAACCUGCUGGACAUCAUCGCCCUGCAGUCAGGUCCUGUGCUGGGAGAGUUUCUCCCUCCGUUCCUGACGUUGUUGCGGAGCUGUUUGGAGCCCAGCAGAGACGCUGAGCUGCGCCUGCAUGUUUUCACCGUGCUGUCCAAACUUCUGCUGAACUCCAGGAAUACGCUGAACUCACAGGGGUGUUUUGUUGAGCAUGUUCAGGUGUUUCUGCAGGAGUUGUUGAUGCCGAACCUGGUGUGGUGCGCAGGCCGGACAGCCGCAGCAGUCAGGACCUCUGCCCUCAGCUGCUUGCUCGCCCUGCUGCAGGGAGGGGCUAUCUCAAAGGAACAGGUUGUGAGUGUGGAGGUGAAGCUCAGUGCUGAUCUGAUCUCUGCACUGGAGGAGGACUCUCAGCUCGCACGCCUGCUCGCCUGCAGAUCGCUACACACGCUCCUUGCGCUCACUGCGCACUGCCUGGGCACAGAUACACUCAACAGGAUAUACCCAGAGCUUUUAAAGCGUGUAGAUGACAGCAGUGACGAGGUGCGAGCUGAAGCCCUGAAGGCCCUGAGUGUCUGGUUCUCAUCUUUAGGGAAAGAUUACGACACUGAAACACAACGUUCCAACCUACAAUUCCUCUACCAGCAGCUGCUGCUCUACCUGGAUGACCCUGACCACAGAAUACAGCUCAUAGUGCUGGAUGUUCUGAAGGUGGGCAGUGUGGUGGACUCUGUUCUUCUGCAGCAGGAAGUUGAAGCAGUGAGGGAGAAACAGCGCAGUGCUGAGUUCUGUGAUCAGCUGCUCCAGCACAUCCAGCACAUACACUCACACACACCACACACAACACACACCACAAACAGCGCAGAGCAGCUGCUCUGACAUCACACACUCACACGUGUGAAAAUCUGUUAUUAUGCAGUAACUAAACGUUUUCCUGUUGUUUAUCUUUUGGUUACUGUUCAGUUUGUUGACGUUGUCAGAUUGUUACGGAUCUGUAAUGUGCCUCUGAGUAUUUUAAUGUCUUUGAUUAAUUAAAUACUGAGCCAUUUUUAA